AUGCAAAGUGCAGUGCGACUGUCACAGCAUGGCCCCGCCGCGCUGCUGCUGUUGGCACUGAUAAGCUCAACGGCUGCUGCUGCUGGUGAUCGUGCAGGGAACACGGGGCAAACAGACGACGACGACGAUGGCAAUGCACUCUCACCGGAUGAUACGCUGUUUGCGCAUUUGCGAUGCUUCGAACGGUUUGCUAGCACGCAUCGGAGUGACCGUGAAAGUGAUGCUUCCGACUGGCUGGAGACCUCCGAGAACUACACGCGAAAAACUGACCGUUCACCAAACUUCCUGAAGUGUGUCCUCGCCAAGCAACAGCUUUAUGACCCACAGCGACGCGAGUUUAAUACGAGAAUACUCAUGCAGCAGUAUCAGCGGUACGGUUUGUGGAUGAACCUUAGCCAACAGUCUCUACGGGCGAUCAUCAACAUCACGGGGAGCAUUGUUAUUGCUGACGCCUCAUCCGAGGGGGUUUAUGCUGCGUUUGAAUCGAUCUUCCGUAAUCAUUCACAUUCGUACUUUCAACUGUUUCUACGCGAUCCGAUAGUGCUGGACCGAAUCUACCAGAAUAAGUCAUGGAAUGGAAAGAAACCAAACCAAACGGUGAUCGAGUUCUGUGAGAUGCACAUGAGCGAAGAUCUGUGGAAGGAAAUCUGUCUCAUACGCAACUAUCAGAUCAGCAACCGAACCACGGCUAUGGAGGCGCACAUCGAUUGUGUCUUUAAAGAAUUUCGCUACAUCACCGUUGCGGGCUCGAUCAAUGAAAACGAAAUACUUCGUGACUUUCGGCUUGUCUCCGCGCUAACGGAAUCAGCAAAAACUCACGUUCAUAUGUGCGUCGAGGAGUCCUCCAGUGAAGGUGCAAUCCGCCAGCGCAGCCUUCGCAUGUACCGUUGUUUGCUGAGUGGUGCUGACAUCAGCCGUAGCUUUAUGGAAGCGUUCGAUUUUCGAGAAGUCCGUUCCGGCAAUUUGAGCUACAUUCUGCGCAAUCUGCCCUACGACAGGGACCAGGUGAAUGCCGAGAUCUUGGCGUUGGAUAGAGAACGAUGUGACGAUCAGCAAAGAUCGAUCAGCCGGGCGCAAAAAUCUACAACGCUCCGUUAAGCCCCACUAGUUGAAGCUAGCCCGAGUGCAACAGUGACCACUAGUGACGAUCUUUGCAAAUCCUGAAUUCCGGGACAGGUGUUACCGGUGCAUAGCGACGCUCGUUCACCCGCUCGAGUAAUAAAAAUCUCACUUCAGUUGAUCGUAACUACGCAGCUGUCUCGACGCGAGGAACUGCCGGCCACACACUGCCUGGCCGAAGCCGGAUGCCCGUAACCUUCACGCCGA